GUAAAAGUUGUACGCGUAUGUCCAAUAUCGAAUGUUUCGAGUGGAGUCUGUCGUCAGUGGUAUCGUCAGUGUUUGAUAAAAAUAGAAGUGUCGGAAGAAGAUAUUUUUAAUUGUUAACACGUGUUAUAUCCGAUGCAUAGGGGGUGGAAUCCCAUUGAUAGAGAUUGCCUUAAUCAAAAUAAAAUUAUCUGAGUUCCAACAAAUGAAUUCCUUCAAGUGAUAUUUUUCGUAUCGCGACCGGUGGAUUGUUGCCCAUUAUUUUUGCAGUCAUGCCACACACAAAUGGACUUACAAACGAGUUACCAAAUCCGUACCUCAAAAAUUUAGACAAUGAUGUUUUGUAUCACUUGGGUUUUUCGAAAAAGGAUGAUCUGAAGAAAUUAUUUGGUGAUGUUAAGUUUGUUUGCACAGGAGGUUCGGCUGAUCGCAUGCGUGAAUUCGCAUACUUUAUUUAUAGCAAGCUGAAAGGAAAACUCCCAGUGGAAGACGAAAUUAAGGACCUCGGUGGUGUGGGACAUCGAUAUGCACUCUAUAAAGUGGGCCCCGUCAUAUCCGUGAGUCAUGGGAUGGGUUUUGGUUCAAUCGGGAUUUUGUUACAUGAAAUGAUUAAACUUGUAAGAUACGCAGAAUGCGAUGAUCCCAUUUUCAUUCGAGUUGGAACUUGCGGAGGGAUUGGAAUACCACCGGGAACUGUAGUCGUAACAGAAGGAGCAUUAAAUGGUGUGCUGAAAGGUGUACAUGAAUUUAUAAUCUUAGGAAAACGCGUUGAACGUCCUGCAACAUUUGAUCAAGCAUUAGCCCAAAAGAUUCAAGAGUGCGCCUUGCCUGCAGACAACUUUAAAAUUGUUUUAGGAAAAACAAUCGGAACGGAUGAUUUUUAUGAAGGUCAGGGUCGAACAGAUGGAGCCAUUUGUGACCACAAAAUUGAGGAGAAAAUGGAAUUUUUACAAAAAGUUUUUAAGCUAGGAGUAAGGAACUUUGAAAUGGAAGCUCCUGUAUUUGGUGCCUUAACACAUCAUGCUGGAAUCAAAGGAGCUAUAAUAUGCGCAUCUUUAGUGAAUCGUUUGAAUGGAGACCAGAUAACAGCAACUCGAGAGGAAAUGCACGAUUGGGGUCUCAGAGCACAAGAAAUCACGUGGCGCUUCAUAGAGAAAACUCUGAAAGACAUGGCGCUUAUUAGUUGAAUAUUUUCAGAAUUAUUACUGCAGCGAAUAUAUUUUUUAUUUCUAUUGUAUGUUAACGUCUUAGUUGAAGAUUUAAUAUUUUCUGAUGAAGAAUUUUUACUUUUAAAUAAUGACUAGAAUUUCAUAUCAAAGUAAGUCUACUAAGUUUAAAGGUUAUUUAUGCUGAGCCUAUUAUUAGCUUUAGUCGUUAUGAGUCGAAAAAGAUCGGUAUUCACGCCAUUGAAGAACUUUUGAAAAUUUCAGAGUACAAACAAAGGAAAUGAAAUACAUUAUAUAAGGUGCCGGGGAAAAUAUACAAAAAAAAAACUGGCGAACGCUAAUAAUUCCAUAUGUAAACCGUAUAAGAGGGAAAGAGCGAAAAGCAGCAUACAAUUUGUUCAGUAAAAAAUGUUGAAAAUUACGAAAUAACGUGCAAUUCAGGUGAAAAGGUUUUAAUAUUUUAAUAUCGAUAUCAUCUCGGUAAAUAGAUGAAGUUGGCGGCGAAAAUAGAGAUUGAUUACGUGCUUAAGACAGAAAAAGAAACAACAAUCACUAUGAAUGAUAUUGUAUGGAAAAUAUUGAAAAUAUUCCAUAGAUAAAUAAAAUUGCCAAAA